UACGAUACAAAACGAGGGUAGUUACGAAAUUCUUUUAGUUAAAUGAAAAAGUAUCACUAUCAAUGACCACCUCAUUUUAUUUCAAAAUAUAAAAUUGAAGGCUGGUCUGUGUGCGUGCCAGAUAAAAGUGUUAAAUGUUUGAAAUUACUUAUAAUGAGAUUAAAUCCGCGUCUCCUAUCAUCGGCCGCUGCAGUGGCAAUAACUUGUGUCGUAUCUGCCGCCGCGUAUUACUACAGACGUCGUAACACUGAAAUCAAUGAAGUGAUGGUCUUCUGUAAAUUGCAGUUCAAUCCCCACAAUUAUUUUGAUAAAUUAGUCAGCUUCAUUGAAGGCGCGAAACACAGCGUCCACGUUUGCAUGCCUGGCAUACACAACCCAGCUAUACAGGCCCGUCUGGUAAACUUAAUUAAAUCCAAAAAUAUAAAAGUUCGUAUUGUUAUCGACCGUUCGGGAUAUAAUGCAUCUACAGAUUUUUUCGUCAAAGAACUUAUUGAAGCUGGGGCUGAAAUAAAAUGUAAGGCCAACGCACCUGUUAACAGUAUGAAACACAAAUUCUGCUUAGUCGAUGAAAAGAUUCUGAUGACGGGAACACUCAACUGGGGUGACGAUCGAUCCUUCGACCACUGGAACUAUGUUUACGUCACUAGCAAGCAUCAAUUGGUUGAACCAGUUAAAAACGAGUUUAACCAAAUAUGGAAUACUGCUAGCGAUGUACUAACUUUAUUCGACAUCUACUGUGACAGUGAUGCAGAAACAGUAGAAAUUCGCAAUCCUGAAGAAGUGUCUGAUGACAGUGCUGAGCUGGAAGGCGAUGAUCGAAACGAAACUAUCGAUAUUGUAAUCGAUAAGAAUAUGGCCACCCCUAUUGAAAAACAAAUGGCACAAGGGGAAUUUAAAUCUUUUUCAAUAAACACUCCUUUAUUUUAAGUUAAGUUAGUAAUAAUUUUAAUUUAUCAAUAAUUUAUCCUUAAUGAUUCAAUGCAUAUUUUUAAAUGAAUUUAUAUAUUUUAUAAUGUAACAUGCCCUGUGAUAUAAAAAUAGUUAAUCAAUUUUACUGCCCAGACAUAAAUUUGCUAAUUGUGUAUAUAAAAUGUUAUAUAGAUUUUUUUAAACAAUAAAUACAAGGGCGCCCUAUUUUUUCUAAGCUUUGAAAAUCUCUAAUUUAUUUUUUAAUUUCUGUAUCAUUUGAAACCACUUUUGAAACAAAGUGUUUCUUUUAUUCUUUACUAAAUAUUGGAUUAUUUUUAUUAAUUUUCAAUUUUAUUUUUCUAUAAACUUUCUGUUGCUAUUUUAGCUAAUAUUGUUUUUCCAUUCUAUAUUUUGAAAAUGUUUACUUAUGUAUUUU